GACAAACAGUGAACGCGUGGAUCUGUUUACUAUUACGACAUUACGAACGCUACUGAUCAUGUAAGGAAUAAAAUAACGUCGAGUCCGAUUCAAAGCUGGAGCCAAAACAACGACGAUAGGCAAAGUGACAAAAAAGCCAAACGAAGAUGGCUAAGAAGCGAAACAAGAAUAAGAAGGAUGCCGUCACUCGUCAGAGCAGCGGAGACAGAUUGGCGGAUCGGGAUCCGUACGCCAUUCACACUGCGCCGAAAAAUAUCGCGACGACCCCGACGCAAAUUACUACUUCUGUCUUGACAAAGAAUGCGGGAAGUUCUAUCAUGUCUAGUACAACUACGCCGGCAGACGUUCUUGUGGAACAAGGCAGGAGCUGCGUCGUGGUUCAGAACCACGACCACGAUAAAAACGGCUCGGACGACGACGAAGGGCCGCUGUACAAAAAGCGAAAAGGGCUGGAUGCAGCAGUAGUAGUAUCAUGCCAAAGCAGCUGCACCGAGAGUCGCGAAUCUGCAGAAAGUCCUCGCGCACACGUUGAAAGCGAGAGGACUACUGGCUCAUCUUUAUCAGCAGAAGAAGAAAAGAAGCAAGAUGAAAAUGGUAACGACAAGGUGGAGCCAGAAGAAGAAUCCUCCUUGAGUGAUGCGUGCCUUGUCCAGGUUGUUCGCACGUUGGGGCAUUUAGCAACGAAUGUGGAGCCACAAAAACUACGGACGGACAAACGGUUCAAAGACCUGCGCAGGGAAAUUUACCGCGUCCUGAGCCACUUGCAACCCACGACGAGUGGAGCAUCGGCGGGAUCAGGGGCCGGUGGUAUGAUGACUGCGCAUAAAAGGCCAAGAAAUCAGCAGUCGCUUCAGCUCAUUCAGGACAGUAUUCUUGCUAAUCAAAAAAAGAAUCUGCAAGAGCACCAGGCACUAGCUGCUUCGGCCCAAGAAGAGGAGAUCGGCGCCUCCGGGCGGGAAGGACCACUUCUAGAAUCACCGGCAUCUACUUCUUCCUCCGCCUCGUCCCUCGUGACAGUGACUGCUGCCAUGCGGCGGCAGAUGCACGAGGCGGUGAGCGUCAUGAUUGACGGCAGCGACUACGAUGCCGCAGUCUCCUUGCUCCGCGCCCAGUUUCAUCCGCGUAACGAGAUGCCGAAGCUUGGAGCCUUGCAGCGCUGGAUCCGUCAAAUCGACGCCGCGGGCAUCUCCUUGCACCAAACCGGCAAGCAAGCUGAAGUAGAGAAUCAUGGUAGUAAAAGGAGUGUAACUGACAUUUCCAAGAGCAGGAACGAAAGCACUGCGCGGUGGAGACUGUUGCAUGCGCUUUUGAGUUGCUACUACGAAGGAGAUUCUCGAGAAAGGAAAGGACCACAAGCGGAUAAAAACUCGCCGGGGCAAAGCGCAGAGAAAUUCGUCCAUCGGAUGCCGGCUCUGAAGGAAGUACAAUCUUACUGCGAUGCGCACGCGAAGAUCGAAGGUCUUUCGUCAAGGAGACCCACAGCGCAAGACGGAGGAGCAAGUGAGCUUGUUCUCCUGGAAACGCACGAGUUUCGGAAUCGCUGCGAGCCAGCCCCUUGUGAGGACUCGGUAGAGGGGGCGAGUGCUGCUGCUGAUGAAAAGCAGAUGAAAGUUGAGCCAAAGUUUCACGUUUGUUACGAAGAAGCGGCGCGGGACCGCCGUCCCCCGAACAAGUACCCGCUGCAGAUUAUGCGCAAUGCGUUUCGCUCGUCUGAGGUGUUGGGGGCAACCGCGCCAGACAACAUGAGUCGAUUUGACGUCCCAUUUGUGCCGGGUGCGUUCUUGCUGCACAACGUGUUGCGGCCCUGGGAGUGUGAUAACUUACGCCACUGCGCCGAGACUGCAGGAUAUCACCCCGACGAACCUUUGCAAGGGCAGCCCGGGGAUUCGAAACUGGCGCACGCAUGCGUCUGGAUGGUUUCGGAGGACAUCGAGCGAGAGAUUUUCCGAAGAGUAGAACCGUUGCUGCAGCGGUCAACUGACAGCACGAAGAAACUUCGCGAAGACGGUAGCGGAACGGAGGUGAUGCAAAAAGUGGAUAGCCUGAACCGUCGCUGGCGGUGCUAUCGGUAUGUCCCCGGCCGCUACUACCGACCGCACAUCGACGGUGCUUGGCCGAAUUCGGAGCUGACUGCGGACGGGUUGUAUUACGAGGCUGGGCGCGUGCAGAAAUAUGAAAAAUCGCCGUACUGGGCAGCUGCACAAAAUGGAAAAGGGUCAAGCCCCGGCUACUUGACGGAAGACAAGGCAAAAGCGAAGACGUCUCACUUCACUUUUCUGAUUUACCUGAACGACGAUUUUUCCGGCGGGUGCACCCGGUAUUUCGUUCCAGCGACUGAAGGCCGUAUGGUGUCAAUCCCCGUGAAACCCGUCAAGGGUGCCGUGUUGGUUUUUCCGCAUGGCGAAUGUCUGCCUCCACUGCUCCACGAAGGCUCCCCGGUGCUGGAAGGGUCGAAGUACGUCAUUCGCACCGAGCUACUCGCUCCGAUAGAAUAGCACACCGAGAACGCCAACGCAUCACAUUCCUUUAUCAGAUCCGGAUCGAUGGAGGAUAUCGGUACGGCUAGUACUAGCGCAAAUAAAUUUGAGUAGCUAGUCAUCUGCUACAGCGACCAUAAUUCUAACGACCGUGCUACAACUCAUAUACAGCGACCCCUCUAACCCAGUAC